UAGUACUCCUAAUUCAUACCACUACCUACACAUAUAUCGGCGUAUAACCAUGCGCUUCAGUGAGCCCACGACGCCCACAGGUCCCACUAACCCCGGCCUAGGACAAGGCCGUCACCAUUUCCGCUCGGGAACGCAUCCGUUCAUGCUGUCCACCCGUUCCAAGCCUCGCCGCUUACCUCUGGUAUUCCGCUUCAUCAAAGGCGCUAUCCACGGCGCCAUCCUGAUCCCCGUCAUCUGCCAUGCUGUGUUCACCGCUAUCGUGGUGGUUCUCGACCAUUAUGCCUUUAAUACCGUCGGCUUACCGUCGACCAUCAUCCCCUCCCUCUCUAUCGUCGUCGGUCUGAUGCUCGUGUUCCGCAAUCAGACAUCAUACAACCGCUUCUGGGAUGGCCGCAACGGCGUGCAAACCGUGCACACCUCGGUUCGCAACCUCGUGCGCAACAUCCUGACGCACUCCUACACAAUCGACCGCCCGCUGACCGCCGAAGAGAAAGAUGACAUCGAACGCACCGUGCGAUUUUUAAUGGCCAUUCCCUACGCCGUCAAAAACCAUCUCCGCGCCGAAUGGGGCGCCGCAUGGGCCGCCAGAAUCGGGCAGGAUAUUGAUGAAGUCGGCGAGACCGUGUUCAAUCCCGUCUAUGCCAGUCUGCUGCCUGUUGGCUUGGAGGGCCAUGAGCAGGAUGGCCUGGGACUGCCGUUUCAAUUAACAUUUUUCGUUGAUAGCUUUAUCAAGCGUGGCGUGUUGCGGGAAUGGUUCAGUGCCCCUGGAGCAAGUCAGAUGCAGGCUCAGCUUGGGGCGUUGACGCAGGCGAUUGGGUCGUUGGAGGUUAUUAAAAUGACUCCGAUUCCUGUUGCUCAUCUAAUCCAUCAAAAGCAAGUCCUUGCGCUCUUCGGCUGUGUUCUCCCCUUCGCCAUGGUCGACGAGCUUGAUUGGUGGUCUGUGCCCAUUGUCACCCUGGUGAUUUUCACGCUCUACGGUAUCGAGGGCAUCGGCUCGCAGCUCGAAGAUCCGUUUGGGUAUGAUCGGAACGAUAUCAAGAUGGACGCUAUCGUGUCCGACGCAAACGUGGAGAUUGAGGUUAUUUUGACUGAGUGGCGGCGCGUUACCGCUGCAGCGGAGAUUGCUGUGAAACAGGGCCAGAAUAGAGAUGGACAGUCAGCGCCGCCGCCGAGUGCGAGUAAAAAGUAUCAACCGGGGGAUUUGUUCUUGAGGACAGGCCACGGUCGGUGAAUGUACUGAAAUAUACGUGGAAUGAUGCUUGUGGGUGAGGUUGAUGUAUUAAUUUCUGUUUCUGUUGCCUUGUCACUGCUACUCGAACAAGUAUGCAGGCAUUUACCAAUGUUGAACAUAACUUUAUCUUAUUCCAUAUCUAAUUUACACAUCUCAUUCAUGAA